GCCUCUCUCUAAUUCAGGACUGAAUGCAUACACAUUCUGGCUUCUAACAGGGGUAGCACAUUGCCAUGCACACUACUCCCUGCAGGCUCAGCAGAGAAUAGCGACAACAGCAGCUCUCUCCCUCUCUCUCCACCUCUACCAGACAAGACUCCUCCUCUCCAUCUCUCUGUGACUCCCUCUCUCCUGCAUAUGAUCUGUACUUCACUUCCUCCCAGCUGAAGCAGGAGAUAACAACAAGCUACAUACAGUGAACACAAAGGAAAAACCGGAGAAGAAAAGGAAGAGACGGCUGUGGUUUCUGCAGAUUAGAAGAACGCUGCUCCCUGUGACUUCGGUGAGAGAGAAAGUCUGAGGCCAGCUUCAGCAGCAAGCUACCUUGAGUUAAAGCUUCUGCCUGGCUGCCACUUCCAGCGAUGAGUCGAAGGGAGGCUCUGGUGGGGAACCCUGCGCCCAGCGCAGCACCUGAGGUAUUGGGCAACAGCACAGAGGCAGCAGGGCCCGGUCCCAGAGAGACCAAAGAUGAAAUGUUCUCCAAAGUCAAAGACAAGUUCAUGAAUGAACUGCACAAAAUCCCACUGCCAUCAUGGGCCAUCGUCGCCAUCGCAUUCGUUGCUGUUGUACUAGUUGUUUCCUGCUGCUUCUGCAUCUGCAAAAAGUGGAUAUUCAAGAAGAAGAACAAGAAAAAGGGCAAAGACAAGGGCAAGAAUGCCAUCAACAUGAAGGACGUCACAGACGGUGUCAAAACCGAGGCCUUGAAGGAUGAGGAUGAUGCGGAAACAGGGCUGACGGAUACAGAGAAAGAGGCAGAGCCUAAGGAAGAAGAGAAACUUGGCAAAUUACAGUACUCCAUGGAUUACAAUUUCACAGAGAAUACGCUCUUAGUGGGGAUUAUCCAAGCAGCGGAAUUGCCUGCCAUGGAUAUGGGUGGUACUUCUGACCCCUACGUGAAGGUCUACCUUCUUCCAGACAAGAAGAAGAAAUUUGAGACCAAGGUCCACCGGAAGACGCUGAAUCCUGUUUUCAAUGAGCAAUUCACAUUUAAGGUUCCCUACACUGAGCUUGGAGGUAAAACACUGAUGAUGACAGUAUAUGACUUUGACCGCUUCUCCAAACACGACGCCAUUGGAGACGUGAAGGUGCCCAUGAAUAAAGUCGACUUUAGUCAUGUGACUGAGGAGUGGAGGGACCUCGUGAGCGCUGAGAAAGAAGAGCAAGAGAAGCUGGGUGACAUCUGUUUCUCUCUGCGGUAUGUGCCCACUGCUGGCAAACUGACCGUGGUCGUUCUGGAGGCCAAGAACCUGAAGAAGAUGGAUGUCGGUGGCCUGUCAGAUCCCUACGUCAAGAUCCACCUGAUGCAGAACGGCAAGCGGCUGAAGAAAAAGAAGACGACAAUCAAAAAGAACACCCUUAACCCUUACUACAAUGAGUCUUUCAGUUUCGAAGUGCCAUUCGAACAAAUCCAGAAAGUUCAAGUUGUUAUAACUGUUCUGGACUAUGACAAGAUUGGCAAGAACGAUGCCAUCGGCAAAGUGUUUGUGGGCUUGAACAGCUCAGGCACCGAGCUCCGUCACUGGUCAGAUAUGCUGGCCAACCCGAGGAGACCCAUCGCGCAGUGGCACGUGCUCAAGCCGGAGGAGGAAGUGGAUGCCCAGCUGGCAGCUCAGAAAAAAUAGAGCAGCCCAAGCCCCGCCCCGCCCCGCCCCCUUCCCCACAACCCCACCCGUGUAGUGCUCUUUACCCAGUGCGUGUAGAUACCUCAGUGAUAUAAGGAUCCAUGCACCCUCACUUCUAAUUUUGUGUCUAAGAAAACCGCCUUCUCGGACCACCCCCUUGAGAUGUUGUGUUGUUACGUCAGUUUCGACCCCCUUCCUUCCUUCCUUCCUUCCGUCGAUAAACUUUUCUCUGUCCUUUAUUGUUUCACCUCCAUCCACGACCUUAAAAGUCCCCGACCAAAUGCCCCCUUCUUUUAAGCAAUAUGAUCUGUAUAGAUAGCGCAUGACUGGAGGAAUUUAUUAUACCACAGGUGUAUAUAUCAGUAUGCAGAUGAAAAUGAUUUCUAGUUUAUGUGUUUGUAUGUUGUUACCCGUUUCCUAAUCUGUGUAUAUCUUGAUGUUUUUAAUAAGAUGUUCUAUUUUAAAUGAUGUAAAUGCAGACAUAGAAGAGCCAAUAUUAUAUAUAACGGGAUUUAAGAAUUUUACCUUAUUGCAUUCCACUAAAAUAUACGAUAUAUCUCUAUAUAAAUAUUUACGAGCUAAAGAAUUCCAACCUGCAAGACGCUAGUGGAGGUACACUCACUUCGUAAAGGACGGUUUGCGCUUCAUGUUUACUUCAAAAAACAAACAAAAAAAAGCAUACAGAUGUACACGUUAAAGACACACGGAACACCACGGCCAUUAACUAAUAUGGUUUCAUGGUAUAAAUGUAAUAUGCUGCUGGCAAUUAUACAAGCACAUGAUUGCGUAAAAACUUUUUGUACUAAUUUAUCAAACUGAGGACCUGUACGCUUUGCUUAAACCUCUAUAACGGAAGGGAUUCUUCUUACUUGACGAAAACCAAUCAGCCUUUUCUUUUGAUUUCUAAUACGGUGAUGCUGUUAACUUUUAGUAGAACGGGUCCCCUGUUUGCUUCUUUCUUGUUUUCGGUCCUUAGAUUCCCGGAUCUGAUUUGGCACCUUCACGAAAACUGGAAAUUGACAAUUAAUGGGACAGUCUCAAGCUGUAGCCAUUGUUUCCUUGAAGCUUGAUUUUGUGAAUCACUUGCUUUCUUGUCGUUGGACUCGUUUCGUUGACGAAUUUGUGGUUCAGCCUCAACAAAAUGAAACCAAGAGUUUUGACUCUAGCUUUAAGACAACUAUUUUUUAGAUUAAGUCAGCGUCUGAAUAUUUUUGGUAACUGCAUGAUUUUUUUUACGAUCUUUGCUAAAGGCCGGGUUACGGGGGGAUUUAUUUACACCGGGGCGUCUGUUUCAAGAGACUCCCUUGCCUUCAAUCAAACUUUGAGGGACGGCAACUUUCAAAGCGGUCGGUCCGACUAGUCGAUGAGGAGGAGAGACGAGCUUUUAAACACUGCCAUUGUUUUUGGGGAGGUAGGAGGCGUACGCGACUCCUCCCUCCACGCACACUCCGCUCGGAUAGUGGUCGUAGCUUCGGUUCAUCGGGGGAACAAUGUAUUUUGGCCGCAACGGUGCCCUAAACAGCAGUUUUUGCUUUCUGUUGCCUUCUGACAGUGACGAUAGAGUUAGCCAUGCUUAACUGCCAAUCCCUUCCCCUGUGGCUACUGUUUUGCACUGUACCGUCUCUGAACGGACAACUGCUUGCUGGGAAACAGCGACGACGUUGACUUGCGGCUCAGCUCGCACGGUCCGUUCAUUUAAAAGCGGGCCGGUUCGGACGCCAUGAGCAUUAGCGAAUCCUUAACAAUAACCGUAAAAGUUAAUGGUCUGUACAGGUGAUAACAUUACAUUCUAAUGUCCUUUACUACGGGUCUAACAAGAGGACGAGUAGACGUUUAGUCCAUUGAAACCAUGAGUUAUCUUGGAGGAACCUCUCACGUACACUAGAUGCUAGCUUCAGGAGGAGUUUCUAAGUGUUUGCAAUGUUAUUGUGUAGGUGACUACUACUUAAAAAUAAAAGGAGGAAAAAAAGCUGUUUGUCAUUCCAUAGGAGUCUCUAGGGACUGAGUUGUGUAUCACUGUGACUGCGGUGUGUGCUUAGCGUUGUAGUUUUCAGUAGGUAGCGGCCAUCUUGUACUAUAGUGAUGUUGUGCUACCAUCCCCCUAUCACAAGACGAGAGCACGAAAGAGGGUGCGCCAGCGAGAAAUCGUCAGUUUCUAAUAACCAUUGCCGUCCGAGCGCGCAAGCAGGUCAAUUCACACAGCAUUUUGUUGAGCACUGUGCAAUACUUGUAUGUUCAUUCCCUUAGUCUUUAAAGGGGCGGUGUCACUUGAUAGGGGUUAAAAAAAGACAAAAAAUCACAACCCUAUUCAGUGGGGGCGACGCAUCCAUCGACCGUAGUCUGGUUAGGUCACAGCACACGUGUGUAGUUUGGAACAUCUGUAAACUUGUUAAGGAUUCCUCCCUUUUUCCUGUUGAGUUUUCCUGCACACAGAUUUAACCAUCCAAACAUUUGGGUAAACAUAUAUAGGAUGUACCCCCCAAUAUGAGAUUAUCUAUCUAUCUAUCUAUCUAUCUAUCUGUCUCUCUCUAUAUAUAUAUAAAUAAAUAUAUAUAUAUAUAUAGGCUAUAUAUAAAACCCUUCCCUUUCAGAAUAGGUGUAUAUAUUUUUAUAUUUGUCCUGAUAUAAUUUCCUCAUUAUUGAGAUCACCUGGAUAUAAGAGAAUUGUAUCAAUCUUGUUAUCUGUUGUACUAUUAAUAUGAUUGGCUGUACCAUUUUGUUAUGAUUACACUCAUGACUAUUACCUGGUUAUCGUUCCUUUAGUGCCCUAUUGAAGACCAUUUUAUAUUUAUUAUGGAACUCAGAAUGUACAGUAUGGACUGUGUGUUUUGUUUCUACUUUUUAUCGUGGGACCAAGUAUAGUUGGCACUUUCAUUUCAAUGUCGCAAUAAAUAUUGAUUCAUGUGUUUUAUUCAUAGCUGAAUAUGAUUUCUUACCCUGUCGGAGAGAUCGAACCUGUAGAGAAGAUCUCCAGAACGUGUAAUUGCAACUAUAAGUAGGCCUACAAUAUUAUUCCUCGACUACUCCUAUGUUAACUGAUGUACUCUCGUUGUCUACAAUAUCUUAAUACAAGAGGCUCGUUUAUGAAACAAGCAUAAAAUGCCGUUUUUAGAGUCACGAAUUGAAUAUACAAUACUACACUCGGUUCGUAUGGCAAAAGGGUGUUAUCGCUCUAUCAGGUGCUGCACGUUAGGUGUAGAGCCGGACGUACAGUAGAAGACAGCAUUGCUCGUUGCACCUCAGAGGUUUGUAAAGUAGUCUGAAAAAGCCAUUUCUAGUCCUGCAAAGCAACGCUAUCUUUUACUAAAGCCUACCAAAGCACGCAAACAGCUCCGACGACUUGGAAAAAGAAAAAAACAAAGCCCUAUCGCUUGGCGUUCAACGACGUACAGUACAGCACAUGCAUACAACCCUCUGAUACUCUGCUACAACGAAAAGCCACCUUUCAAGAAAAAGCUGUGUAAAGAAUUAGAAUCUGAUGCUGUAGGGAGAUCCUAGUUGCCUUUGUGUAUAUCAACUGCCUGCUUGAGUAUUUUUGUGUGUGGAAAUUUUCUCUGUAAUCUUGUAGAACUGUUCGGGGUGUUUUUUCCUGCCAUGCUGCUCGUCCCAGCGGCGAGCCGACAGUUAUAUUGCUGUGUAUACCUUCAUUUUUGAUGAGGUGUUUUACAAUUUCGUUUCACUUUGUGUAGUGAUUCACUCUGUGGAGUUUCUGACUGUUGUUAUAUAACUUCAUAUACACAAAUGUUCAAUAAAACUGUUUUAUUUCCUGUU